AUGGCGACGUCUAAUUUGCUAAAGAACAAAGGCUCUCUUCAGUUUGAGGAUAAAUGGGACCUGAUGCGUCCCAUAGUGUUGAAGCUCCUGCGGCAGGAGUCCGUCACAAAGCAACAGUGGUUUGACCUGUUUUCAGACGUCCAUGCUGUUUGCCUGUGGGAUGAUAAAGGUCCAGCGAAGAUCCACCAGGCCCUUAAAGAGGACAUCCUAGAUUUCAUUAAACAAGCACAAGCGCGGGUGCUGAGUCACCAGGAUGACACAGCGUUGCUGAAAGCCUACAUUGUGGAAUGGAGGAAGUUCUUCACGCAGUGUGACAUCUUGCCCAAACCUUUCUGCCAGCUAGAAAUCACUCUGAUGGGCAAACAAGGAAGCAACAAGAAGUCCAAUGUGGAGGACAGCAUUGUGCGCAAGCUCAUGCUGGACACAUGGAACGAGUCCAUCUUCUCCAAUAUCAAAAACAGGCUACAAGACAGUGCCAUGAAGCUCGUGCAUGCUGAGAGGCUGGGAGAGGCUUUCGACUCCCAGCUGGUUAUUGGAGUGCGAGAGUCUUACGUGAACUUGUGCUCCAACCCUGACGACAAGCUGCAGAUCUACAGGGACAACUUUGAGAAGGCGUACAUGGACUCCACUGAGCGGUUUUACAGAACACAGGCGCCGGCCUACCUCCAGCAGAACGGGGUUCAAAACUACAUGAAAUAUGCCGACUCCAAGCUGAGGGAAGAGGAGAAACGUGCGCUGCGAUAUCUGGAGACAAGACGCGACUGUAAUUCUGUACAAGCUCUAAUGGAGUGCUGCGUCAACGCGCUAGUAACGUCAUUCAAGGAGACCAUCUUAGCCGAGUGCCCGGGCAUGAUCAAACGAAAUGAGACAGAGAGUGAGUACGGCAGGACAGCUCCCGCCAGAGGCUCAGCCGGCUCAGAGCUGCAUCUGAUGUUCUCUCUGAUGGACAAAGUUCCCAGCGGCAUCGAACCCAUGCUGAAGGACCUGGAGGAGCACAUCAUGAGUGCCGGUCUGGCCGAUAUGGUGGCCUCAGCAGAGACGAUCACCUCUGACUCGGAGAAAUACGUGGAGCAGCUGCUCACCUUGUUCAACCGCUUCAGCCGGCUGGUGAAAGAGGCCUUUCAGGACGACCCGCGCUUCCUCACAGCCAGAGACAAAGCGUACAAAGCAGUUGUGAAUGACGCUACCAUAUUUAAGUUAGAGCUUCCGAUGAAACAGAAAGGGGUGGGAUUGAAAACUCAGCCAGAGUCCAAGUGUCCAGAGCUGCUCGCCAACUACUGUGACAUGCUGCUGAGGAAGACCCCACUGAGCAAGAAGCUCACCUCUGAAGAGAUUGAGGCCAAGCUCAAGGAAGUGCUUCUGGUUCUAAAGUACGUCCAGAACAAAGACGUCUUCAUGCGCUACCACAAAGCCCACCUGACCCGCCGGCUCAUCCUCGACAUCUCGGCAGACAGCGAGAUCGAGGAGAACAUGGUGGAGUGGCUCAGGGAAGUUGGAAUGCCGGCUGACUACGUCAACAAGCUCGCCCGAAUGUUUCAAGACAUCAAAGUGUCAGAGGACCUCAACCAGUCUUUCAAAGAAAUGCAUAAACAUAAUAAGCUGGCGCUGCCAGCCGACUCCGUCAACAUAAAGAUCCUGAACGCUGGGGCAUGGUCGAGGAGCAGCGAGAAGGUUUUCGUCUCUCUUCCUACAGAGCUGGAGGAUUUGAUACCUGAGGUAGAAGACUUCUAUAAGAAGAACCACAGUGGCAGGAAGCUGCACUGGCACCACCUCAUGUCCAACGGCAUCAUAACCUUCAAAAAUGAGGUGGGUCAGUAUGACCUGGAAGUGACCACCUUCCAGCUGGCCGUGCUCUUUGCGUGGAACCAGAGGCCGAGAGAGCGGAUCAGCUUUGAAAACCUCAAGUUGGCCACCGAGCUGCCCGACGCAGAGCUGCGGCGCACUCUCUGGUCUCUGGUGGCGUUUCCCAAACUCAAGAGGCAGGUGUUGUUGUACGACCCGGUGGUGUCUUCACCCAAAGACUUUGCAGAAGGAACACUAUUCUACGUCAACCAGGAGUUUUCUCUCAUAAAAAACUCAAAGGUUCAGAAAAGGGGGAAGAUCAAUCUGAUUGGUCGGCUGCAGCUCACCACAGAGCGAAUGAGGGAAGAGGAGAACGAGGGCAUCGUCCAGCUCAGGAUACUAAGAACACAGGAGGCCAUAAUCCAGAUAAUGAAAAUGAGGAAGCGCAUCAACAACGCCCAGCUACAGACGGAGCUGGUGGAGAUCCUAAAGAACAUGUUUUUACCACAGAAAAAGAUGAUCAAGGAGCAGAUCGAGUGGCUGAUAGAUCACAAGUACAUAAAGCGGGAUGAGACGGAUAUAAACACCUUCAUCUACAUGGCAUAGCACAGCACAUUAGGACGACUGGUGUUGACUGGUUUCAGUGGAUCAGGCCUGAUGGACACUAGAAUACUUCCAGGCUCCCCGUCCUCUAUUUAAAAAAUAAAAAAGGAAAAAAAAAUCAAUUCUUGCGCAGGGAGGCAUGAAUUUAAGACUGAGACCUAUUUAAAAAAAAAAAAAAAAGAAAAAAGUGGAACUUCCUGCCUUAAAGUUGUACAAAGAAAAAAAAAAAGAUGCAGUGGGAGUCUGCACCAAGUGGUCAUAUCUGUUUUUAGUU